UCUAAGACUUCCACAUGGAAAGCUUUCUGGAUCGGUAGGCUACAGACUGAGAGGCUUCUUUCCCUCUUCCUUCAAAUCAUUAACUUCUAGAGGAUUACUUGUCUUGACACCCUGGUGCCCAUGUAGAUUGUGGAUAGUCUCGUCUCCUUGGUCCUCCACUGAGGAUGUGUUGACUUUCUGUCCCUGUGGUCAAACUCCUGUGAUGGAUGGUGUAUUUAUCUGUGGACCUGAGCAUUCCACCCAUGUCUGAAAAGAAUCAGCUUUGUUUGACCUGAAAUUGGGUUUGUCUCGAAAGACAGAGGGAGAGAGAGAGACAAAGACUAUUUUUUAAACCUAAAGGAGGGGAGAGAGGUAUCAGAUUGGGAUUAGGCUGUUAUGAGGUCAGUUUGUGUUUCAGCAUCCUUCACUCUCUGACACACAAACAGAGGAACUUGGGCCCCAAGGCUUUGAGGGACCCAUCUAAGGCAAAGUCCAGAGAAAAGAUCUAAAGCUAUGAGUGAGGUUGUUUUUAGAGCUUGGUUCAGUGAAAUUUCACUCUAGCAGCACAUAAUCGACUUAGCUCUAGACUAGUUUGAAAGACAGACAGAGAGGUUAGGUGUAAAGGAAUGGAGACCCUAAGAGACAGCAGUGAUCCAUGGGAGGUCUACGAGAGGGAAACCUCCAGCAGCAGCUCUUGUGAUGCAGGCCAGAAUGCCUGUCCUCAGGAGGAACUCAGACUUGAACACCUGCUGUUGCUGAGGGAUGCAUUUACCAGUCGCACACCCUCGGACAAGGGGUCCCGGCGGAGUUGGAGAGGUACACGGAGAAAGGGAGGAGGUAAAGGAGGGAUGAGUCUAGAGGAGUUCCAGAAUGCUCUGAGUGCUGUGAUUGGUCCAAACAGCCAGAGCGGAUGGAUGGAGAGGGUCUUCAAUGAGAUUGACGUGUCGCGUGAUGGCUAUGUGGAGUGGGAGGAGCUGUGUAGCUACCUGCUGCAGCAGUGCAGAGAGAGAGACCGCACCUCCAGGCCUAGAAGUGCUCUACUGGACACUGAACCACUCAUCAGACGCUGCUCACACAACAAGCAGGAGCCCACUAUCCGUGUAGUGGUUGUUCCCCAUCCUCCCCCCCUCCGCUACAUCAGUGUCAGUAAGGGGGGGCUGCUCACUGUGUGGAACAACCGACUACAUGUCCUCAAGACUCUGGAGCUGGCUGGAGACCCUGCAGAGCAAGGGGUUAACAGAAGGAGGUUCAGGGGCUGGACCACUGAUGCUGUCUACCUGCCCAAAGUCCACAAGGUCGCCAUAGCAACCAGCAGCAGGGACCUCCACUUUGUUGACGUGUCCACGGCCAGCUGCUUUGAGGACGUCCACUUGUUUGGGUUCACCAAUGUUCCAACCUCUCUCUGCUACUGGCAUGAUACAAAGUCUCCAGGGCGGCGCUCUUUGCUGCUGUGGGGAGAUGAGAAGGGAGGGAUCCAUCUGUUGUGGUUCCUCCAACCCCACAUUGGGCUGUUUGAGAGCCCCUUCACUGAGGACAAUGUCCCUCAGAGGAUUUACAUGCAGGAUAUUGGUGACCACAGCCGCCUAGUCUCCUAUCAACACAUCCCCGCAGUCCACCAGGAACCAAUCAACAGGAUCAUGUUCGAGCCCCACACUGACCUCAUCAUGACAUCAUCAGGAAGCGACGCCUCCUCAGUGGUCAUCAUGCACAUGUCACUCAGGAGAAAAACCUAUGUUUGGAAAAUCAAUAAGGGUGUGACGUGUUUUGAUUUCAGCAGGUCUCUCAACCUGUUGGUGACGGGUGGUCUGGACCCUGCGGUCAGACUGUGGAACCGCUUCAUUACCACUCGGCCAGUCGCGGUCCUGCACGGUCACGGCACCACAGUACUGGACGUGUUCAUCUACCAACCACUGGGACAGGUCCUCAGCUACUCCAAAAAUGCUGAGCUGAGGGUGUGGGACAUCUCCUCCCAUCGCUGUCUGAGGACCGUCCACCUGCAGUUCCCCUGUCUGCAGCCAGGGCGCACCCCAGAGCACGGCAACUUCCCGUUCCUGUUGGUGUCCCCACCCUUCCUGCCGCAGACUCCGCCCCAUAUCCUCGUGUCCUGUAGAGACUACCUGGCCAGGCUGAGGCUGGAGGAAGGGGGGAGGGGGGAGGAGAAGGGAGAAGGGGGGAGAGGAGGGGGGAGACAAUGCCAUGGUGCCCCCCUCUCCUGUGCCCUCUACAACCCCACACUGAAACAGGUCAUCGCCGGAUGUGACGACUCGUCUGUAUCAGUGUGGGACGUAGAAACAGGGAGGCUGCAUCUGAAGAUCACCAGCGCUCAUGGAGAGGAGGAGAUUACCUGCAUGGCGCUAGACUCCUCCCACAGACGACUCAUCACUGGUGCACGCAACGGAACGAUCAAGGUGUGGAACCUACUGAAUGGCCUCAACCUACACAAGCUAGAGCCUGUCACCCUCUCAGAGGUCACAGGGGUCAUCUGUCUUCAUUACAACCAGUUGCUGGCCGUGGGGUGGAGCCAGCAGGUCGCUCAGUAUGACAUCAAAGGGGCUAAGGAUAUGUUUGUGAGGGCUGACAUGUCGUGGAAGUCAGGUCAGCAACACAGAACUGACAUCCUGGUGGUUGACCACUGCCCUGCCCUGGGGGUCAUUGCUACUGGCAGCCAUGAUGGAGAGGUCAUCGUCUGGACCUUGGACACACAGAGACCCCUGGUUCGCCUGCAGAGGGCCACACACUCACUGACAACGCCCCCUGUGGACGCGUUGCUGUUCCUGCAGCGGAGGGCUGGGGACAGACAGUGGAGGAACAGACCUCUCCUCCUCUCCUCACAGGCUGGAGGGAUCUAUUGGUGGAGCAUCACUGGACACACACACACACACGGUCAGUUCUAUGCCCCUGAUAGAGAGAAGGAGUAUGUGUUGGGGCUGAGUUCAGACCAAGAGAACAACAUCCUGGUCACUGGAGACACAGCAGGGUGUGUUCAGGUCUGGGACAUCUCUCAGUACGCACUCAACAUCACACAGGAGCCCUCCUCCAGCCGCCCUCCUCUCCUGCAGUCCUGGAGGGCCCAUGAGGGGGCGAUAGUGAGUGUUGAGGUUCUGGUGUACACAGAGAGACUCUUCUUCCUCUCUGGCUCUGUGGAUGGGACCACCAGAAUGUGGACGGUUGAGGGAGGGGAGGGAGGGCAUGUAGGUUCCUUUGGACAGGAACCACAGUGGAGCCUCACUGACCCAGCCACUCACCACACCUCCAGAGACCAGCUAAAUGACCUGGCUGAUGGGGAGAAGGAAGAAAGGGAGGAGAAGAGUGAGAGUGAAAGUGACCAAUCACAGAGCAGCGAGGUCACAGGUCAAAAAUCUGCUAUUUUCAGCGGGGGUCAUGGUUCACCAGCGCAAUGUCUUUAUGAAGGGCCUGUAGAGGAAGCCCCAACACCAGAGAACCAGACAGGGCCUGUAGAGGAAGUCCCAACACCAGAGAACCAGACAGGGCCUGUAGAGGAAGCCCCAACACCAGAGAACCAGACAGGGCCUGUAGAGGAAGUCCCAACACCAGAGAACCAGACAGGGCCUGUAGAGGAAGCCCCAACACCAGAGAACCAGACAGGGCCUGUAGAGGAAGCCCCAACACCAGAGAACCAGACAGGGCCUGUUGGCACACAGGAGAGCCGUGCUCCAAGUCAUACUCAACACACCAAGGUGUCUCAGUGUCACCAGCUGUAUGCGGGCAUCCAGAGGAAGAUGGCAGUGAGGAGCGAGAGGAGGCAGGUGUUUGGUGACAUCAACGUCAAUAAGAUCUUCCCCAUCGGGGGCGUGUGCACGCCCUUCCAGGCCCUGGCUGUGCAGGACUGUCAGGAGGUGUUCCUGCUGGAUGAUUUACCCAUGAGCCCCUGGAUGCAGCGUCAGGCUCUGAGUUGUGUGAGUGAUGCAGGGCUUAGCUCCCUACAGCUGUCAAUCAACAGCUCAGAGCAAGAACAGGAAGCCACCUGACCAGCCUCCUCCUCCUCCUUCUCCUCUUCCUCAUCUUCCUCAUCCUCCUCCUUCUCCACCUCCGCCUCUUCCUCUCCGCCAUCAUCUUCCUUCUCCUCCACCUCCUCCUCCUCCUCCUCUUCUCCUAUCAGAUUGUAGUGUAAUAAUAUCUAACAUGCAUGAUAUUAUUUAUACCUCACAUGCGACUCAUAAUAAAACUAAGCAAUUAGCCCAUUAAAUGAAUUAUCUGACUCCAUAAGAUCAAUAACAAUUUGCAAGAACACUAUAGUUAAACCAUGUGCAAACAAGUAUUAUGCGUUUAACUGAUUGAUCAAGGAAUGGUCAUGAGAAUGUAAUUCUAAAUAAAAGUAUUAGUUAAUAACUUUGUAAAAUGAAUGAUAACAUUAUACAAGGCAUAAAGCUUAAGUUACAAAGCAUUAACAAGCAUUACAAGGCAUUAGAGAGAGAGAGAGAGAGAGAGAGAGAGAGAGAGAGAGAGAGAGAGAGAAAGAAAGAGAAGCAGGUCAGGAACAUAAGAGAAUGAACAAUUAAUCUAAUACCCUUUUAUAAGCAUCUGAGUUGUUUGAACUCAAAAUCUGAGUUGUUGACGAAUAGCAUUACUGUAAAGUUAACCUCCAAUCAGAUAUCAGACCUACAGUGCAUUCGGAAAGUAUUCAGACCCUUUGACCUUUUCCACA